AUGCAAAACCAGAUAGAUGCCAAGGAGAGAGAAUUGAAGUCCUGCAGGCGAAGAGCUGAUGACCUAUCCUUUAAAUUGGAUGUUAUUCGUAGAUGGUGUGAGUGGCUAACUCAACCACCGGGAAGACAUGUUCCUCGGCCCAAUACCAAUCCAUACUUUGAGGCUGAGGAGUGCCGAGUUAGUGUUAGCUUUUUUCGUGCCCAUUCAAUCGCUUAUCCUCAUUUCGUGAUUAAACCGUUAACUGGGCAUAGUUCACUACUUCGUGCUCAAGUGUUCCAGCAUUCAGAUUUGAGCACAUUCUCCGGGUUCUCCCGGGGAAUCCGUGUUCACGACAUGCAGGAUUCAUCUCGGUGGAGGCGAGCAUUUGACGAGGUUUGCCGUCUGGAACAAAAGAUUGGAAGCAUACAAAAUCAGCGACGAUCACAUCCCGUAGCUGUUCGACUAAACUCCACCACAACCGCUCCCAAUGCCUCAAAAUCACCUCCUAUUCCUCCUUCCACACUACCUCUUACCACAGAUCUUCCACCUAAACCUGCAAAUGAUCGGUGA